AUGCGUUGCAGGUGUGCAGCGUCGUUUGGAGGGACCGAUGGGUGCCAGUCCGCAUCAAGGCGUCAACAACGGAGCCGUGUGAGAGCAGGAGGCACUGCGGCUUCUCCUGUUGUUGCACAGAGAAUGCAUUGGACGGCGCGUUUGCCUGCAAGAAUGGCGUUGCGUCGUCUGCGCACGAGAACGCUGUUGCCGAGGAGGCGAUCCCUGCUGCUGUCCAACUGCAUGCGGAUCGUCUGCUCGUCCAGCCACUGGAGCGUCCGUUGGUUGUGCCGUCACUCGCCACGGGCAGUGUUUGCAGUCGGUUCACGGUGCCUGCUGUGCAUUGUUCCGCUGGUGUUCCCAAUUCUGGCACAGUGCUGUCCGUGGCUGCGGCACUGGGUGGUGUGUGGGCACUGCCGUGCGCCACGCUGGAGGAUGGCCGUCCAGUUGCUGGCGCCAUGCACUUUGCCCGGAAGUUUUAUUUCACCGACGCGUUGCCACCCGCAUCGCCGCGCACUUUAUGACCCAUGCUCUCGGGUUCGCCUGCCCGCACAUGGCCAGCCGCAGCAUGGUGAGGAAUGUUGCCUGUGUGUGUGUGGCGGGGCGCUGUCGGUGGUGGUGCACUCGACGAAUGCCGCUAUGGCAGCGAGGGAGCACCACGACUGCGACGACGUUGAUGGCAUGGAGCUGCAGGAUGACGAUGGGGACGGGAGGACGCUGGAGUCGCACUGGUGGCAGCGCCAAGCGAGGGAUGAGUGGAUGGCACCGAUUGGGGGUGUCGGCGACUGCACGGAGCUGACGCUGGCCGCAUCGGCUGACCUGGGCUGCAUGAGGGUGAGGUGGAAUAUGGCGGAGCCGAUGCGUUGGUGCACGAAGUUGUGCUGCUGCAGAGGAAUUGAUCUGCACUGA